GUGCCUUCGCUCAGCCACAAUUACAACAGACUAAACAGACUAAACUUUGUAUCCGACAGCAUUCAAAUAGUAUCCAACCACCUAUAGCUCCCCGUGCGCUCGCGAUUGCGCGUAAUAAACGACCCCGAGACCAUCCCUCGCUUAGUUACUUAUCUCGUCGUUUUGUUUCGCCAACUCGCCCAUCAUGCGCACGCAACCCUUUUUCUUCGUUCUAGUCGCCCUUCUCGCCUCUAAUGUUAUCGCCCAAGGGAAUAACGACGACGACGACGAUCAGACGAGCGACGUGACGCAAACACCAACUCCUACUGCUACGGCAACACCAACGCCGACGGAGACGGAGACGGAUGCCGAAGACUCUUCCACAUCUGAGGAACCAUCCGAGACCCCAACGGUAACGUCAACCGGGGCCAGCAUUACGACGGAGCCUUCCUCCACUGAUACGCCUCCACCUAUUACCACUUCAACUUCAUCCGAUGAUGAUGGACCGCUUCCUACUAUCCCCGGCUCAUAUAGUUAUCCCGCUCCUUCCGUUCCUCCUACGAAUAAUGCCCCGUUUAUGCAGCCAUCGAGCGUGCCGGAAGGCACCGUGUUCAUCGCCGUCGGAGCUAUCCUAGGUGCUUUCGGGGUUGCCGUCUUGAUAUGGCGCGCGGUCGUCGCCUGUCUUCUGCACCGCUCGGUCAAGAAGGCGGCAUUGGCUCAGCAACUUGCUAAUGACAAGGCUACCUUUCCGUCGCAACCGCCUCCGUUCUAUAAAUAUACCGACCAGGAGGCAUCUUCGGCUUCUCUUGGUAACGGCGGAUCAGGUCGUGGUGUACGAAGAACAACACGGGGACCCAUCCCUUCGCAAACCCCGAGCCAGUCCAAUCUUUUCUUUUCGCCCACUGCUCCUACUACGGCCGGCGGCGGUAAUCGUGAAUCUCGCUUCUUGCCCUCGGGUUUUUAUGCCGCUGGGGCGGGUUCUCCGCAAGGCCACAGUCAUAAUAUCAGUCUAACGAACUUACGGCCCGACUCUCACGGUCACCCACGACCUCUUGGGCACACUCCACCCGAGUCACCCAGUCUAGCACCCCGUGGAGCUUUAGCACCACGAAAUGUGAGCGCGAGCUCGCUGAAUUUAAACCGACCUCCCAGCGGACGGGCACCUAGUGCUUUCUUGGAAGAUUUGUUAGACGACCCGAAAAACCAGUACCCACCACCUAGCCACCACCACACCUGGAGUUCAUCACAACCCCGGCAUUAGAUAUCUGGUAGGGGGUCUGCUUCAGCGGAGUCUGGAAAGGGAAGGCUAAGGUGU